AUGCCACUAAAUCCAUCUCACGGCAUUAUAUCCUUCUCCCUCCCCCCUGACCUCCUCGCUUACAUCUCCUCCCUCGACAAAUUCAUAACUCAAGAGAUAGUACCUCUCCAAGCAUCCAAUGAUAACGAGCGAUUCUUUGACCACCGACGAGAACAUUCCCGUACAAACUGGGAUAAUCAAGGUCAUUCCCUUCCCUUCUCGCAUUAUUCAUCAUUGACAACUUUAGGGCUUCCACGACCAGAAUGGGAGGCACUCCUGGCUCAAGCUCGUCAACUAGCUGACACAGCAGGAUUCUACCGAUUCUGUCUCCCGAGUGAGUACGGAGGCCAAAACGGCGGGAAUCUCUGGAUGGCAGCUAUCCGCAUGCAUCUAGCGAAAAGCGCGCCGAAUCUGGCGAAUGACUUGCAGAAUGAGCAUUCAGUAGUAGGCAAUUUUCCGGAUGUGCUUAUGGUGAGAGAGUUUGGUACGGCUGAGCAGAAGACAGAGUUUAUCACGGGCAGACUUGAGGGGCGGAGGAGUUUUGCUUUUGGGUUGACGGAGCCGGGGCAUGGGAGUGAUGCUACACAUAUGGAAACGACCGCCAAACCAGUGACCAGAAACGGUAUCUCGGGAUUUGAGAUCAACGGCGCCAAAAUGUGGAUUACAGGCAUGCACACCGCAACUCACUGUCUAGUCUUCGCACGCACAUCCGGCAACCCAGGCUCUGCCCUUGGAAUAACAGCUUUCUUCGUGCCUAGAGACGCGUCUGGUCUGGAUAUCACGUCUUUCGAAUGGACGUUCAAUAUGCCUACCGACCACGCAUCUUUCACACUCACAGACGUAUUCGUACCAUCUUCCUCCAUCCUCGGGAAACUCGACCAAGGACUCGCCAUCGCGCAGGCAUUCGUGCAUGAGAAUCGACUGAGACAAGCGGCGAGCUCGUUAGGCGCGGCGGAGUUUUGUAUCGAGGAGAGUAUCACGUAUGCGAGGAAGCGAAAGCCUUUUGGGAGGGAGCUGGCGCGGAAUCAGGAUAUCACGACGCCAGUCGUGGAGUUGGCGACACAGGUUGAGAUGUUGAGGUUGUUGAUUUUGAAGACGGCGGCGGAAAUGGAUGGGUUGAGUCAGAGGGAGAUUGAGAGGGAUUUGGGGGAUAAGGUGUCGAUGUGCAAUUAUUGGGGAAAUAGGUUGUGUACGCAGGCUGCGGAUCGAGCUAUUCAGAUUCAUGGUGGGAUUGGAUAUUCGAGACAUAAACCAUUCGAGCAUAUCUAUCGACAUCAUCGUCGAUAUCGCAUCACAGAAGGUAGUGAAGAAAUCCAAAUGCGAAAAAUAGCCGCCUACCUAUUCGGCUACGUAGGUCCUCGAAAAGCGGAGCUCUCAAAACUUUAA